AUGAUUUCCGUGGUCGUUGGUGGUAGCAGUGUAUCAUGGACAUUCCCACUGAUUGCUUGUAUCAAAAAGAUGGGUUCACCAACGCCCACCGACCAUUGUGUUAUUCUCGGCGUCGGGAAUGACGCGACACAAGAACACGAUGAAUACGCGUUUCAUGGCCUGAGCGGGAAGACCUCGGAGUGCAAACCUGGCCAGUUCGUCCAGAAACCAAGAUUCCAACAGAAUGUUAACCCGACAUGGACACUUUUCAGUCUAUCAAACGCACAUCACUCAGUUGGCCUCUAUGAGCUUCUUCCCUGUGUCACACACCUAUUGACAAUCACAACGGCUUACAAAGUUCUCAGUGACCCUUUUCUGCGCGCGCAAUACGACAAGUCAAGACAACCCGUAGUCAGGGCCAAGAGCUUGCGUCUCCGCAAGUUUUCAGUGUGGAAAAGACGCACGUCCGACGAUGAGUUCCGGAGAUCGCAAAAAGGCAAGAAGAAACUUGAAGCUGCUUUGGAGACAGCGGCGCACAAGGCGAAAGAGGCAGAAGUGCGGCAGAAAUCUCGGUGGCCUGAAAUGCUUGCAACUCCCCAGGAAAAGAGCUUCUACAAGCAGCCGGCAAUGUCACAGCCUCAACCUCACCAGCUUCAGAACAAAUUCCAUGCAGAAGAACGUUCGGAGACCCCGACGAUUUAUGAAGACGGUUGCAAAACUUCGAAGGGCUAUCAAGUUCGAGAUCGGGAUGCUACUACUGAUUUUUACAAUGGGGACCCGCAUAGCUUUGACGAGGCCGUGGAGCCAAGAGAGUUGAAAACGCGCAAUCUGCCCAAUAAGGCGCGACUUGUCCCUCCUGGGCGACAGUCGGGAUGCAUAGACAAAGGGCCUCAUGGGUGGAAAGGAUGGUAUCCAACGAACAAGGGCCUUUCAGCACCCGACUGUCCCAUUUGCGAGGAAUUUGAUUCGAAUUUUUUUUGUACGAAGUGCAACGCCACGACUUGCAUGAUGUACAGGCUCGUUUAA